CCACAUGGUGUAGAUGUGAAAGAACUCCUCGGUUCUACUAAGAAAGUGAACGUUAACUUCCAGGACACAGAUGGCUUUUCUCCGCUGCAUCACGCAGCUCUUAACGGGAACGUGGAGCUCCUCUCGCUGCUGCUGGAGUCCCAGGCUGCUGUUGACAUCAGAGACCAGAAAGGUAUGCGGCCGCUGCACUACGCAGCCUGGCAGGGGAAGGCGGAGCCUAUGAAGAUGCUGCUGAAGUCAGGUUCAUCAGUCAACGGCCAAUCAGACGAGGGACAGAUUCCGCUGCACCUGUCGGCGCAGCACGGCCAUUAUGAUGUGUCGGAGAUGCUGCUGCAGCACCAGUCCAACCCGUGCAUCGUGGACAACGCUGGGAAGACUCCUCUGGACCUGGCCUGUGAGUUCGGCAGAGUUGGGGUGGUCCAGCUGCUGCUUUCCAGCAACAUGUGCGCCGCACUGCUGGAGCCUAAAAAAGGAGACACCAGCGAUCCAAACGGGACGUCUCCGCUCCACCUGGCUGCCAAGAAUGGACACAUAGACAUCAUCAGGCUGCUGAUCCAGGCUGGCAUUGACAUCAACAGGCAGACCAAAGCGGGCACUGCCCUGCACGAAGCUGCCCUCUGUGGGAAGACCGACGUGGUGCGACUCCUGCUGGAGAGCGGCAUCAACGCCACGGUGAGAAACACCUACAGCCAGACAGCACUCGACAUCGUCUACCAGUUUACCGCAACACAAGCUAGCCGAGAAAUCAAACAGCUGCUGAGAGAUGCAUCAGCGGCUCUACAGGUUCGGGCUCUGAAGGAUUACUGCAACAACUACGACCUUACCAGCCUCAACAUAAAGGCAGGAGACGUAAUCACGGUUCUGGAGCAGCACCCUGAUGGACGCUGGAAAGGCUGUAUCCAUGACAACCGCACAGGAAACGAUCGAGUGGGCUACUUCCCAUCCACUCUGGUUGAGGUCAUCAGCAAGCGCACUGGUUUGGCCAGCACAGUCAUUUGCACUCAACAGUUUCAAAAGAUACCGCUGGCUCCCCCGGCGACGGUUGCCCCUGCCAACGCUGUAGUCAACGGCAACGACACCACGUUCCAUCAGAUCCAUAUCCUGCCUCCACCGCCUCCUCCACCACCACAUUCCCAUCAGCCACUGCUUCCACUUUUUACUUCCUUUGGCUAUAACAGGUCGCCCGUGACAACUCCACAGGGAGACACACCCACGGCCCCAGGUUGUCGAGGCUCGGAGGCGAGUCCUCACAGUUCUCCCACCCCAUCCAGCGGGCCCCAUGGAGGCUCCAACGAAGAGAUCUGGGUUCUGCGCAAGCCCGUGGCAGGUGGAGAUCGCAGCAGCGUCGGCAGCCCUGGAAGUGUGACCAGUGUGAGAUCUUCAGGCAGUGGUCAGAGUGCUGGCAGUGCAGUGCACAUUCUUCAUGCACAAGCUGAGGGGGUGAAGCUUCUAGCCACCGUCUUGUCCCAGUCUGCCAAAGCCAAGGAGCAUCUCCUGGAGCAGUCCAAGUCCGUGGACCAGCCCGCAGGCAAGAUGGAGGGCUCCGCUAGCUCCUCUCGAACAUCCAGCCAAUCAGGCUGUCCACUUCAUGAAGCUCCACCCUACGAUGCCACGGCAACCAGGAAGGGGGAGGUGCCAUGUGAUGGGAAGGAUCUCACGGCGGUUGGAAUCACUAAACCGGGUCACAGGAAGAAGAUGACGUCGGAGAUCAACAAGAUGAGUGUCACAGAGUGGCUUCCUGAGCACAAACCUAGCAGCCUGGGUGAGUGGCUGUCUGCCAUCGGUCUGAGCCAGUACCACCAAGUUCUGGUGCAGAACGGCUACGAGAACAUCGACUUCAUCACGGACAUCACCUGGGAAGACCUUCAGGAAAUAGGCAUCACCAAACUUGGUCACCAGAAGAAGCUGAUGCUGGCAGUGAAGCGGUUGGCUGAAAUGCAGCGCACUUCAGAUGGGCGAGGCUCACUUCGAAAGAGGCCUCCACCAAUCACACAGCAGCAGGAAGUGAUGUCAACGGACAGUCCGCCCCCAGAUGAGGUCAUGUCUCCUAGGAUGAGCACCUUCCAGGACAGCGAGUUAAGCUCUGAGCUACAAAGUGCCAUGACCCCACCCUGUCAGGAGGUCAAAGCCCAGCGGACUCGCACCCUCAGCAAAGACUACGACGAGGCGCUGGCAGGAGGGGGAGGGCCGCCUAAGAAGGAGGCGCGGACUGUGAGGCAGCAGAGCAGUCAGGGAGGCUCCUCGUCCCACAGAGGCAGCGUUUCCUCACAAGGAAAACACCGUCACUCCCAUUCCCAGCCCGCCCCUCCCUACACACCACCUCACACGCCUACCAAGACCAGGACUUCAUCUUCCUCCUCCACCUCCUCUGUUCAGAGCUCAGCUUCUCCACAGGCCAAACCCAGGGCAUCUCCUCAGCUGGUGCAGGGGGAGCCCCCCUUGUCACCCCACUCGCACCCCGCCCAGUCUCCAACCAAACGUGGAGCUCCCUGUCAGUUCCCGCAGCAGCAACACCACCCUCCAGUCCAGCUGCCCUGUCAGCCACACCCUCAACACCUCGCACAGGGACAGCUGAUGGAGGUCAGAGAGGCCCCGCAGGCCCAGGUUCCUGUCCUGUGUCUGCCUCCGGAGGCUGAGCAGGCGGAGGCAGACGGAGAAGACCCCUCAGCUCUCAAGAACCAACGAAAUCACAGCCUUAGUCGGCACGCUGUCUCAGAUGGAGAGUGUGAUGAGAAGGUGGAUGGAGGAGGAGACAGACAAGCGGAGGUAUCAGUCGGUCAUGUGUCAACCAUAGUAAGAGUGGAUGGGGGCAAGUACGCCACGGUGACCCAUCGUGUCAGCCGCAGCCACUCGGUCCGCAACCAGGAAAAAACUCGCAGCCACACCCAGUCCUUCGCUCUGCGUCAGAAGAAGAAAGGUCCUCCUCCACCUCCGCCCAAACGCUCCAGCUCGGCUAUCUCCAGCUCUAACCUGACGGAAGCUAACCUGCAGCAGCAGACACUCGUCACCACAGGUGGCAUGCUGGACGUGCCUUACCUCCAACAGCGGCGGGCUAGUGACCUGGGGAUGUCCGUGGAGGCUGCUGCUGUGGAGACCAACAGCUUGGGAAGCGUGAGGAGCAUCGCCGCCAUGCUGGAGAUGUCUUCCAUAGGGGGCGGAGCCAAAGGCAUGGCCCUGCAGAAGAAUUUCUUUCAGGUGGGAAAAAGCCGUGACGCCAUCGGUCUGGACGGAGAGGUGGUUAACCGCCGGAGGACCAUCAGCGGCCCAGUAACCGAGCUGGUGGAGGCUGCCAGGCGAGAACAGCUGGAUUUCACUCCAUCCUUGGUCCAACCCCAACCCUCCUCUCCACCUGUCAAUUCUCCUUCACCUCACCCACCAUCCUCCCCCCUCCCCGGCUCAGGGGGCAGCGGCAGCUCGUCGGAGAACCUUCCCUUUGCCGAGGAGGGAAGCCUUACGAUCCGCCGGCAAGGUCGAGGAGAGGGACAAGGACAAGGACAGUGUGUAUUUUGUGUCUGUCUGCAGGGUGACAGCGAGGCGCCCCAGGGUGAUGGCGGUUACCCCCAGGAGGACACGCCUGAAGCUACGGGCACCCUAAAGCGACGGCCCCGCAAGUCCCACCCCAAUGGGUCAGACUUCACCCUGCAGGAGUCGUCUACCGUCAAACGGCGGCCAAAGAGCCGUGACAAGGAACCCGACGGCUAUGCAGAGAUGGUCGCUGCUAAUGGAGGGCUUGUGGACGCCGGGCCGCCCAACACCACGCAGCCUUUCCCCUACCAAAACGGUACCGCCACCGUGAAGCGCCGCCCAGCGCUGGAUGCUGGAGUGACAGAACAACCUCAACAUCAGCCCCAGCCACAAGUGAGCGCCGCCGCCCGCAGGGAUAGCGUGGACAGCGUGGACAUGGGUGUUCCAGCUGCCAGCGAAGGAGGUCCUGUGAGGAAACCAAAGCCUCCUGUCUCCCCAAAACCUGCUGUGGCACAGAUAAAGAGGCAGGGAGGCCCCCAGACACCCCCGCAGACGGCUCCCAGUAAGAGGAUCCCACUGCCGGGCCCGGGCACUCCUGGAAGUCCAGUUGAAGGUAAGAAGAUCCCUCCUCCAGUUUCACCUAAACCAGCCCCGCCCCCCACGGCGCCUAAACCAGCGAAGCUGAUCCACUCGCUGACCAGCCCCUGCUCUUCCAGCCCAGCCCCCGCCCUGGCCAAGCAGCACUCGGUGGUGGCUCGACAGUCCAGUUCCCCGACCUCCUUCCUGCCGUGCAACACGCCGAGCCUUCCCAACGCCAAACCUACCAGUCCGUCGCCCCAAAGCCCCCACACGCCGCAGACCCCCACCACGCCUCAAACACCCCAGACACCUGCCACUCCCAGCCCCACCCCGCCACCUGUCAAGCCCCCCCGCUCCUCUAUCGGGGGGGUGUCAGUAGACAGUGGGAUUACAGGGUUGGUUCAUCAGAAGUUGGAGGAGACGAGCGCAUCGCUCGCUGCUGCUCUGCAGGCGGUGGAGGACAAGAUCCUGAGACAGGAAGACUCUGUGACGGAGCAGAAGACCACAGUGAGCAUCCUCGAUGACAUCGGCAGCAUGUUUGAUGACUUGGCCGACCAGCUGGAUGCCAUGUUGGAGUAACCAUGGAAACCGCUCCACGUGCAUCAGGACUGUCUGACGACGAUGGCACAACAUGGAUAACUCGCUCUCCUUCUCUCCAUCCACCUCUCUGACGUGAGCUCCACCUCCUCGUCGCUGCAGAUGAAAUUCUCUCCUUUUCUCCUCCCAGAGGCGGAUGGAGGAGCUGCAUCCAACGCCUGAACAGACGCAUGCAGGAAGGAUGGAUCACAGGGAAGCGCCUGGGAGACAGAUGUCCUAAAAGGACAACAUAAGAAAUAUAAAUAAGGAUUAUUAAAAGAAACACAAGUGUAGGAGACUUUAAAGGACUCCUCGUGAACAAAAAGAUGUUAAAAAGCAACAGUGUAAGAAAUCGUAUGGUAUGUGUACAUCCUAAGCAUGGAGAGUUGAUAUCUACUGACAAAGUUCUGCAUUAGCACAGUAACACAUGACAUAUGAUCUGUAUACAUACAUGAGUACCAGUCUAGGCUUUGGUUUGAUGUCCUGGGUGGAAUGGUGCCCUCUGGUGUUGUGAUGAUGUAAAUGACUCGGUGGAAACUGUGUGACCAAACGGAAACAAUUCAGUGUGUGUGUGUGUGUGUGUGUGUGUGUGUGUGUGUGUUCGUGUGUGUGUGUGUGUGUGUGUGUGUGUGUGUGUGUGUGUGUGUGUGUGUGUGUGUGUGUGUGUGUGUGUGUGUGUGUGUGUGUGUGUGUGUUGACAGUCGGAUCUAAAUGAACUUUAGUCGCGAGUGAAAAUCAAACAUCAGCAGUUUAAACCCAGUUUCAUAGAUUCUAACGUCGAUGCUUUAACACGACGACGUUCUAAAUCGUUCCUGAAAACUUCAGCUCUCCAUCUUUCUGUGCGACCACGUGCCCCCUGCACUAGUGACGGGUCAGGACCAGGCUGGACUGGUUUUCUGCUGCCUCCUCAUUCUGGACCUCCACAGACCAGAUCAGUCUGGACUCAGUGCUGCUUGUUUGUCAUUGCAAUGAAGGCAGGAACCAGGUUCUGCAGCUUGUGUGAGAACAUGGUACGGAACAUAAAGGAGAACGUUUGGAUGGGACAGGAUGUCAAGACUGAUAAAGAAAUGUGAUCUUGGUCUGUUUAGUCGUGUUUAGCGGGAGAGCAACUGAAAACCGCCACCAGUGGGUUUGGGUGUGAACAUUAGAGCAGCAGCUCCAUCAGAGCUGGACCCGAGUCAUGGACUUGGACCAUAAGUCACUAACAGGGAAGGGACCUUCAACCUCACUGGGACCUGAGGCGGCUCCGUCUGCAGCCGAGGCUGGGACCUCGCUGAGAGUUGUACUGAUGUGAGACAGAGUUACCCGAAAGCGGGUUUAGAGAAUCUUUUCUACAAAGUCGUGACACUUUCUUCCAUGACGUCACAAAUUAGACUCAAAACUCCAAUUUGGGGACUUGGCUGAGUGUAGAGUAGAAAGUGUUCGGUUCCUCCUCUGAUGUCCUGAGAUCGUUGAUGUUUAACAUCCAGAUGUGUACGGGUUGUUCGGGGGGGCUUUUAGCAGCAGCAGGCGGAGCUUGUCGUGAUGCGAUGCUGAAACUUACAGGAAGUAUCUAGAACCUCCAGCUGUUGAAGCGAGAACAUUGCUGAUGUUAAACUCCAACCUUUGUUUCUGCACACACUGACAGGCCCAUGUGCACUCAGGAGAAGCACAACGACCAUGCAGCUGGCUCACACACACACACACUAGAGCUCCAGCUGGUUAACAGGUAAACUUCAUGUAUUUAAAGGGUUGAAUAUUAAAGAGUUUUUGUACAACCAGGGAAAAGAAUCCGUCGCAGGACGAAUCCCUCCUAAAGGUCAGCACAAGCAGCGCAGUCAGAGCUGCACGUCAUGAACGAGGGCUUCAAACCCGCUGCUGGCUGAAAGCAGCAAACUUCAGGUUCCACCAUCAGGUUCUCCCAUGGUCCAUCCUAGAGCUCCACCCCGCGGCCCUGUGCUCCAGCAGCACCGGGUCAAUGUCCUCUCAAUGGUGGCUUUAUUGAUGGGCUUGAACAGAUCUGUUUCCAGGGUGUGUGUGUGUGUUGGGGGGGAGAGACUGGGUUCAAAAGUUCGAGUUUACUGAGGCUCUUCCCUUAUUUAUGUUGUCCUCUCCUUCUCGUGGGUUCAGGCUGCGCCAUGGCCAAGUGUUUCUGGUAGAACCGGGCUGAUAUCUGCCUACUUUCAUUGGUUGGUUUCCUGACCCAGACUUCAUUUUUCAUCAUAGUUUCUCAUUCCAGGAUCUUAAUGUUUUAUCCAUACAGAAACCAGAUGAUGUGUUUAGGCCCACAGCUCUGUUGGAACACCCAACUGGGGCCCAGAUUCAUCCAUUCAGGUGAUGGUGUCAGUCAUUAUUCCAUGCAGCAUGUCAUGAUGCUGCCACCACCAUGCCUGACUGUUGGUGUCAAAGCUUCACCUCCACUCCUCCAAACAUUUGCAUUGUAACUGUGGCCAAACAGCUCAGUGUUUGAUUCGUUAGAAGACGUUUGACUGGUCCAAGUAAGGCGAUAGCGUCUUUGGGUUCAUAUAAAACUGUCUUGACUGACGAUGGAGACGUUGGUGUUCCAGAAAGGCCUGAGCCUUGAGGGUUUCUGAACAUCUGAAUCAAGUUAUUUUCAUCUGAGGGGACAGGUGAGAACAUAGUUUUGGAGAAGCCAGCUUCAGUAACUCGUCACCAACAGCCUGGAUGUCCACACAAAUGUUUAAUCAUGCCAAGUUAAGGAACCUUCUAGAACCUUCAGGGUUGCUUAGCAACAGAUGUUUGUAUGGGAGCCUGUGUGAAAGAGAGAAAAUCCACAACAAAAGCAAACUUCUGCAUCCAGUUUUUAGUUUUCACAGAUGUGUUUGACUUUUCUCGUGUGAGAGUUAUAUCCUGGGAAGAAACGCUUUAAAUCUGUUACUAAACCUCAGAACUGGCGACAUCCACGCCCGUGAUGGGUGAUCUGAUGUAAAAGUUUGCAGCAUGAACUCUUUUUUUUUUAAACAACAUGCUUGAUUUCCUCACACAGAUUUCAUGAUUGUAAAUCUUCCUGUAACAUCGUCCAUAGAUACGAACCAUGAUGCAGCCGCUGCCAUGCUUCACACCAGGGAUGCUCUCAUUUUAAAUGUAGUCUAUAAAAUCUCCUCAGUCACAGAUUCACGUCUGUGCAGCAACAAUAAGAAACCAUAAAAGCUCAAAAUGACUGAUCCGGUUGGAGCUUUCUAAAGCUGCUUUGACAUGAUGCGUAGAACUAAAACCUUCGGGUUUAAUAACACUUUUUGUUCCUAUAAUUGUGUAAUGAAAGGCCAGAUGUGGAUGAUCCUGCUAUGAGUCUGUGAAUCAGAUUGUAAUUCUAGAAAAGCAGACAUUAAACGCUAGCUAGGCUAAGCUAAUAAGGUCAGACUUAGGUGCAUCACCACCCCUCUGGACCCGGUCUGAUUCACUGAACCAUUAAAUAGUUCCCGAGUGCGGCCACAGCUGCAGCUUACCGCUCCCCGCGGGGAUGGGUCAAAUGUGGAGAUGAAUUUCACCAGUGAGUGAUGAUGACUAAGGUAACUUUAAACCCACUGAUAUUCCAACGGUGAACCUUUUUUUACCUUUUAGUCCCGCUUUCCCAGCCGCUCACCUCAUUGUGCCACGACAAUCUACAUCAGCACCGUUUUCAUCAGCAUCACCAAUGCCGUGGACAGGAUUAGGACUGGUGAAGAUCUGUGAAGUCUGAUGGUUUAUUUCUGUUUGCAACCAGAUAUUGGUGCAAUAGUUCAUUUGCACCUCCGUCCACCAUAAAAUCAAAGUCUCAUUAAAACCACAUUCUAUGUCUAUGGAUAAAUAUAUAACAGAGAAUAGUUGUGGUAUUUAAAUUCUGAUCACAAAAAAGAUAUAAAUAUAUACAUAUAUAUAUGGGUAUUUGCAACAAAGUGUAUUUAUGAUGUGUGUCAUUCUGAAGAGUAUUUUUAAACAGAUCUAAUCUGAGUAUUGAACCAGUCUGCUUCUCCAUGCUUCAGUGGUCCAAGAUGAUGAAUCAUUGUAGGAUACCAUGUUGGGAUUUUUAAAGGAAGUGUUAUUUUUUAUUACUCAUUUUAUUUAUUUAUUUGUGUACAUGUGUCCAGGUGUGGCAGUGUGUAUAAUACAAGCAAUUAUUGUUGUUCGGUUGUAUAAUUUACUUUUUUCUCUUUGGAAACAUGUGCCUUGCUUUGUGAUUUUGGUCUAAUUUCAAUACAGUAGAUGGGUAUGUACAAAAAUCA